AUGUCGGCCAACUGUUUUUCUGUUCUGACGUACUCCACGGCGCCACCCGCCGACACCACUCUGUACCGGAGUAUUGUCGGGAGCUUGCGCUACCUCGUGCACACGCGACCUGACAUUGCAUAUGCUGUUGGGUACGUGAGCCGCUUCAUGGAGAAUCCCACCACUGAGCACAUGUCCGCGGUGAAGCAUGUCCUCCAGUACAUCGCUGGGACACGGUCCUACGGGUGCCACUACAGGAGGAAGACUACCGAUCCCAAACUGAUCGGGUACAGCGACAGUGACAUGGCCGGCGACGUCGAUGACCGGAAGAGCACGACGGGGGUGUUGUUCUUCCUCGGAUCGAGCCCCAUCACAUGGAAGUCACAGAAGCAGAAGGUCGUCGCUCUGUCUUCCUGCGAGGCAGAGUACGUCGCAGUCACGACAGCAACGUGCCAAGGCGACAUCUCGUCCUUUCACAAGGAGUUUGGCUCGCACAUCUUCUCGGAGAUAUGA